AGAAGCGUGUCUGGUGGGUGGGUGUGGGUGUUUCUGUGUGUUGCGGGUGUUCGCGUUUGCAGAUGCCGCAAGGGUGAGGACCAUUUGUGCCAGGAGGCCCAGGGAUACACAGGGAUACGUAAGAACGUUGCGGACCUCAGAUGCGUUUCUGAGCGGAGCCGCUGUCACUCGCAGCAGGCGCUCCGGGAGAGCUUUGGCGGAUGACAGGGUGUGGGUGGGCUUGCCUAGGGACAGGCAGGGUGACAGCGGCCUUGGGAACCGGGUGUGAGGGCUCGGUGUGUGUGCACUCGGGUGGAGCUCCGGGGUCACUGGGGGUAGGAGAUGGAUGGACGUAUUAUAGGAGGAAGGGUGUGGGCCUGGAUGGGUGGUGAGCCCGGGCAUGGAGUGUGUAUGUGUGUGGAGAGGGCUCUCAGGACAAACUAGUGGGUGAAGCAUGAUUUACAGUGUCCGUGCAACAGGUAUAUAAUCGAGAGGAUCCCAGAAUUGAUCGUCCGGGACCCUGAGUUCCCUGAACCCCACCACCACAGCGCGCCCCUCCCCCAGCCAUGGACAAUUCCAGCGUACAGGAACUCCAGCAACCCUUGCUGCCAAGCACAGACCGUGAGCCCCCGUCUCCCAAAAUAGAGCUGGGACCCCUCUUCCCAGAAACAGUCUUUGCGGAGUCCCUGAGCGGCCGUCAAUUCCUCCUCUCACCUCUUCCUUCUGUGAGCGCGGGCCUCGGCGAGCCUGAGACCCCUGACCUUGAGGACACAUCAUCCAGUGACAGUGACUCAGAUUACGACGGGGGCGAUCGCCUCUCCCCUCUUCUGCCCCAUGACCACCUGGGCCUGGCGGUCUUCUCCGUCCUGUGUUGUUUUUGGCCUGUGGGCAUCGCUGCCUUCUGUCUGGCCCACAAGACCAACAAGGCUUGGGCCAAGGGGGACGUCCAAGGGGCAGGGGCCACCUCCCGCCGUGCCUUCCUGCUGGGGGUCCUGGCCGUGGGUCUGGGCCUGUGCACAUACGCCGCUGCCCUGGUGACCUUGGCUGCCUACCUUGCCUCCCGAGCCCCGCCCUAGUUGCCCUGUGAAUGCAGAGGCCAGAGGCCCAGUGAGCCCGUGAGAGGAAUGGAUGACCUCGGUGUAUGUGGUGGUGACGGCGAGGACCACAGAAUCCAGAAGUGAGAGUCCGCUGUUUUCCUGGCUGCCCCACCCGGAAGGAAGCAAUGGGAGAUUAAAGAGACCCUGAAGAGA